UCGCCAUCCAAGUUAUGCCUACUCACAACACAUCUUCUGUAUUCAACUCGGACCCUGAACUUCUUGCAAUUGGAGUUCUCUAUGUAAUUCUUACAGUUGUAGUUUUUCCAGCAUAUGCACUGCUUAUUCAUGCUCUCCAUUCUAGAGGUGAUCUCAAAGAAAAUAUAUCUUACAAACUCUUGAAUCUCCUCAAUUACUGUGAUGUUUCUCAAUCAUUCUGUCACUUUUUAACUGGAAUCUUCUUAAUCUUUCCAGUUGUUGCCGAAAAGGCCCAAUUCUUUGUCAGAAUUAUUGGUUGUACUGCCAACACGCUUUGGCUUGCCACUUUUGUCAUAAUGGCAAUACUUGCGAGUACUCGUAUUGGAAUUGCCUUCUUCAAAAUUAAAGCUACAAAGUGGUCGGUUUGGAUGAUAAUUUCUCUCGUGAUAGGAUCUAUCUACAUAUUUACAGUUUGGAUUGUUGGAUGUAUCACUCAAAAUUUCGAACUCACUGGACCAAAUUGGGCCUAUGAUAUGAAAGUUAAAUAUGCGGAUUUGUUUGCUAGUCUUGAGCUGGUUUUAUGUUUUCCAACGCUUGCACUGAGCUUCAUUUCGUACAUUCUCAUCAUUUAUAGUAUUUACAAAAAGCGUAGAAUCUCUCGAUCCUCAUCGUCAUCCUUUCGUACGGAAGUAGGAAUCCUUGUUCAGGCGACCAUUCUCACGACGUACAUGGCUCUACUGAUCACAUUUUGGCACAAUGCAGAAUCCUGGUUCAAAAUGACCAACUACACUCUGGCAUCACUUAACUGUGUCUGGAUUUUAUUUUCCCAUCUGAACUUCAUCCUUCUUGUCUCUACAAACAAAGGUGUUCGGAAUCAGAUUCUCAGACCAUUCUGCUCAAAAAAUCGGUCUAGACAAACGUCGAAACUUGUUCCAUUGUCGCACGUUAGUUCAACAAUGCCCGUGGAAAAAUGAAUGACACAUAUAUCAUAUGUAUAUUGUUUCUUGACGAAAAAAAUGUAACUGAUCAAGUGCACUAAAUGCUACCUAAUAUGAAUAUUUAUAUAUCUAAAAGAACA